AUGAGGGAGACAGGAGAAAGAGCAGACGAAAGCGGAGAUGAAAGAGCAGACGAAAGCGGAGAUGAAAGAGCAGACGAAAGCGGAGAUGAAAGAGCAGACGAAAGCGGAGAUGAAAGAGCAGACGAAAGCGGAGAAGAAAGAGCAGACGAAAGCGGAGAUGAAAGAGAAGACGACAGCGGAGAAGAAAGAGCAGACGAAAGCGGAGAAGAAAGAGAGAUUUGGGGAGGAGUCGUGACAGAGAAAGACCGAGAGGGGGCGUCGCCGCCCUUUCCCUCUCCGCAGGCGGCGGACACCGUGACGCGUCUCCAGCUUCUCCUCACGAACUUCUCCAGUCACCUCUACGACGUCGUCCAGCAAGUCCCGGAACUUGCGCCGCCUCUCCCGCUCUCUCCCCCCAAUUCUUCUUCCUCUUCUUCUUCCGCUAGCAAAGAAGAGGGCGAUGCUGAGAAGCGCGCGCAGCUGGAGUCUUUUUUGCUGCGCUCCGCAAACAACGUCGCCGUCAUCAUGCAUGCAAUCGAGACGGAGAUGGAGAAUUUGCCUUCGUCCCUUCGCACCCGAGCGGAGACGAACCGGAAGAUUGCCUUUCUGGAAAAGGAGAAUCAGAAGGCCGCCGCGGAACUGCGCGCACUGACUGCGGAGACCAGCAGAGUUCGGGAGACCCUACGUCAAGCUCUCCGACAGUCGCUGACCGAGGACACCCACAUUGUCGUUGAUGAGUAA